AUGAUGAAGCAGGCCCAGCAGAUGCAGGAAAAGAUGGGCGAGAUGCAGGAGCGCCUGGCCCAGGCCGAGAUCGACGGCCAGGCCGGCGGCGGGCUGGUCAAGGUCACCAUGACCGGCAAGGGCGACGUCAAGGCCGUGCGCAUCGAUCCCUCGCUGGCCAAGCCGGAGGAGAUCGAGGUGCUGGAGGACCUGGUGCUGGCCGCCGUCAACGACGCCCGCGCCAAGGUCGAGGAGACCGCCUCCGAGCAGAUGAAGGAGAUCACCGGCGGCCUCGACCUGCCCGGCGGCUUCAAGCUGCCGUUCUGA